UGCAGCCUGAGUGGUCUUCUGUGAUGUGUUGAGUGUUAGCUCUCUCUUGAAAAAUAGAAAUUAUCGGCCCAAUCCUCUAUAGAAAUGAGGAAUUGCAUUCAACACGUAUCGUCUAAUGUAAUGUACGUUUCCAAGUGCAUUAAUUUGCACUACAGGUAUUUAACUAUUUAUUGGAGAUUAUUAGUUACCUGCCUAGAGGGUGACGUUAAAAUGGAUAGUCCAAGGAAUAGUUGGACUGUCAAUUACGGUGACAGUGGAGCUCAGCAGGGAUAAAGAAAGGUCUCUUCCUCAGGUCGUCACUAGAGCCGCUGUGUCUGCAACGCCGCUGAGUGUAUCUGCAACGCCGCUGAGUGUAUCUACAACGCCGCUGAGUGUAUCUGCAACGCCGCUGAGUGUAUCUACAACGCCGCUGAGUGUAUCUGCAGCGCCGCUGAGUGUAUCUACAACGCCGCUGAGUGUAUCUGCAACGCCGCUGAGUGUAUCUACAACGCCGCUGAGUGUAUCUGCAACCCCGUUGAGUAUAUCUACAACGCCACUGAGUGUGUCUACAACACUUGAAGAUGAGAGCAAGGCUGCAGCCUCUACUGUUGCUGCUGGUGCCAGCUCUCUUGCUUGUGCUCUGGGCCGGCGUGGGCGAGGCGCAGAGGAGCCACACGCAGGAGCAAGAUGUGGGCAGUAGGGGCAAGAAGGGGGGCGGCAUGGGCGUAGGGGCGUGCAAGAAUGGAGAUCACCAGCCACGCCUCUCGCUCUCAGCCCGCGUUCAGAGAGCUCAGGUGGUGUUCUACGGGUUCGUGACACGUGUGUACAAGAAGAAGAACAAGACCACUUACCCUGCUGAGUUCUUCAUCGUGAACGUGUUCAAGGGCGCCGACCUGGUGGCCAAGUUACUGAAGGUGGACGGUGGCUACGGUGGUGUUUACAACCUCAGGGACAAGCGCGUCAAUGUGACGAACUUCGGCCCGCGGGAGGACUGCUUGUCCCCCUUAGAGGAACAGAGAACCUUCAUCAUCUUGGCCACUUCGAAGUCUGGUCGCAAACUUCGGGCUCACUACGACCAUCCAGGCGGUGCUGCUGUCCAGUGGUCCAAAGAAAACGAGGAAGAAGUGUGGAGGUCGUUGGGAUGGGACGGCUGGUCAGACUGGUCUGGGUGCAGCGCCUCCUGUGACAGUGGAACCCAGGAGAGGAGAAGGUACUGCCUACACGCUAAGGGCUGUCAAGGUUACAACACGGAACGACGUCGCUGUAACUACUUCUCCUGUAAUGGAACUCUUGACGUACUACACCUGCAAGACAAGGACUACAAACCUAGCAAAUUUGGGUGGAGAGAGUCGAGCACGCGUCCUGGGUCAUGGCGAGCAGUGAGGAAUCGUCCUCUACUGGUCCAAACCAGGGACAUCUACCCUGAAGGGUUCCCGAAGGAGUUCUCACUUCUCAUCACAGUUAGACCAGACCUCGGUAACAUGGGUAUGCUGUUCAUAAUGCACCGGGCCUAUGGGGGCGAGGUGUACCUUGGACUGGGCCUGGGAACGGGAUUGGAGUUGCUCCACACUGGGCCCACCAGGGAAGACGAUGUGCUACCUAUCAAUGUUGCUCCCAUCAAUGUUAACCUCACUGACGGUCAUUGGCACCAGCUGGCGAUCAGUGUGCAGGAAGACAACAGCAUCCAGGUGUACGUGGACUGUCGCUGGAUCAGCCGUCAGAUGUUGAGACGGUCCACACUGGAGAUCCCGAUGAACACGCUGUUGUACGUGGGAGGCAUGCCAGGACGCAGCUACCAGGACAUCGGACGACCACUAGGACUUGCAGUGUCAGAAUACAGCAGUCAGCGUGAUGAUGAUGACGACCCCCACAGAGGCCCUCACCACCACACCACUUCACCACACCACGACGAUUCAAGCGAAUACGACUAUUACGGAGAUGACCUCGAACCCUACAACGACUACGAAUACGGCGACUUCCCGGACUACGUAUACAGUGAUGAAAUCGAGGGCUUUGGACAUGGGCGCAUCUAUGACUUCAAUGGGAGGGAACCAGAGACUGAUAUUGAUCUGGAAGACAGCGACGUUACUGUGAAUAAAAUUGAAGACAGAGGAAAGGAGAAGGAGGAAGGAGAGGACAAGAGGACAGAUAUGAAGGUGAUGUCAGCAGACGCGAGUGACCCCAGAGACGACCUGGACACUACUUCUACUGAAACAGACGACGAAGAUAUGCUGGAAGGCUCAGGUGUGAAGGACAUUGGAAAAUUUGAACUGAUGUGGUCUGUGUGGUCCGGUUGCUCCACGUCUUGUGACGGAGGCGUCAGGAUACGCUCGUACAGAUGCGUACCCAACCAGCUUUUCUUCAAGGAGUGCGUCCGGGCAGGAAUCGAGACGCAGGAGCAACGAGCAUGUAACCUGCAACCCUGCCCUACAUCCACCACACCACGUACCUCUUCCACAAGUACCACUGCUGCUGCUGCUACCACCACCACCACCACCACUACAACCACCACCACUGCAUCCCCCACCACUACCACCACAACCACCACCACAACGGCCAGCACUCCUUCCUCUACACAGCCAGAAAUGGACAACAUGAUUCACACUAUACCGUAUAUGACCUCAACUGACACAUUCUCACCUCCACCGGUCACAGCUACGCCACUAGACCAGCUCAUGACCAUACCUCCCUCCUCCACAACAGCUCCCCCUACAUCUUCCACCACCACAGCCACACCCCGGGCUAGAGUGGUAGAGAUGCAUCCACUCUUCCCCACCACACUCGUCAGUGACACUUACAACGGUACCACAAAGGUGUACCCAGAAAGAAAACCACAGAAGGUUUCUAAAAUGGACGACAACUCUAUAUGGAAGACGAUGGCGGAAAGAGACAUAAACGAAGUGGUGCCGAGGGGCGUGCCACCCCCGCCGCUGCAUGGCUCUUACAGCAAGAGGACGUCAUGGAACCACAAGUGGAGCUACCAGUACCACCACCACCACCACCAUCACCAGGAACACCGCAUGAGGCAUCACCAUAACAAACACCACCUUCAACCACAACUACCGGCACCACCUCCACUACAACAACCAUCUCUACAACCACCACCUCAACAGCCACCAUCACCUUCACCACUACAUCCAGUAUCUCUACCGCCCCCACCACCAUCACCACCACCGUCAUCACCACUACAAACACCAGCUCCAUCACCACCUCCACUGCAACCGCCACCGAAGCCAUCACUCCACUGCAACCACCAUCUCCCUCCCCACCAUGAUUACAAGCACCGCCUCCACAAUAGCGUUGCCAGUGAGUGUUCUGGGGGCUGCCUGAACCAGGGUCUGUGUGGAUACGGCGGUGUUUGUCACUGUGCUCGUGGCUGGCACGGUCGUCGCUGCGAGAUAGCAGUGUGUGUCCGUGGCUGUAGCAAUGGUGGGGUGUGCGUGGCACCUGAUACCUGCCGCUGCCCGCCUGGUUACUCCGGCGCUUUCUGUCAGGAUGCGGUGUGCAGUCCACCUUGUGGCAACGGUGGGACUUGUGUCAUCCCUGGCAUGUGUGUGUGUCCUCCAGGCUAUGUACCUCCCACCUGUACCCCUAUGUGCAAAUCUCUGUGUCUACACGGGGGUGAGUGUACGGGUGUAGAGCGGUGCACUUGCCCUGCUGGGUACACAGGUGCACGCUGUGAGUCUGCCGUGUGUUCACCGUCAUGUCAGCGUGGAGGUGUGUGUGUUGCCCCUGGCGUCUGCUCCUGCGCCUCAGGCUACGGUGGACCUGUCUGCCAGAGACCCGUGUGUCGACCACAGUGCCAAAAUGGAGGGACUUGUCUUGCACCAUAUCUGUGUCGCUGCCCUGCUGGCACUCUCGGCACUUACUGCCAAAACUUUCUAUGCUCUCGCGGGUGUGGCGUGGGAGGUACGUGUGUGGGCGUGGAAAGGUGCCGGUGUGGACGUGGUUACUCCGGUCCCUCCUGCACCACGCCCGUGUGUGACCCUCCGUGCAGUAAUGGGGGAACUUGUACCAGCCCUGGAGUGUGCACUUGCCCUGAGGGUUUCUCCGGCCUCUGGUGUACCAACAGGAAGUGCAAAUACGUGCCCAAACAGGUGGCCUACACCAGGAGCUACAAGAAGGUGGUGCCACAACGAGUGCAGACACACUGUGGAGCCUGGGGCUGGAAGAGCUGCACUUCCGUCAGACAGGUGUACCAGACAGUCACGCAAAAGUUCUACCGCACUGUCUACACCUGCGAGCCCACCCCAUAACCCCUUUACCCUAACUCCCUCAGUCUUCACCUUAACACCCCUCACUUUAAACCACUCCUUAAUUUAACCCCCCUCACUUAAUCGCUUCACCUAAGCCCUUCACCUUCGUCCCUUCACCUAAACCACUUCAAUUUAUCCCUUUUCCCUGCGCCCGAUCCCAACCUGGACAUGAGCGACAUGCCUGAAACGUAAACAUGCAAAAUUGCAACCACUCCACACUUUGUUGGUUGCUUAUGUUUAACACAAACUUAUCCUAUGGUACACAACCACAGAGUCUAUCCUCCAGGUAUCGAGGUGUGUCGCUCUCCAUUCCGUUAUGUAACACUGUUCCACAAUGUUUGGUAAGAUGUAUAUUCGUCAAAUGCGUAAAGUAAAGGCUUCAAAAAAAUAGGCUUAAGUUUCCUCAAUAUAUAGUGUAAAAAAUAUCGCUCUGUAUAUUUAUUUGCUACAAGUAGACGGCUCUGAAGUUUGCAAAUACUCAGCACACCUCAGAUGAUGUACUGUCAGUAAUGAAUACUCAACCCAGAUCAUAACAGCACCGUCAGAAGUGAAUAAACCGAGUCAAAAUUACUUCUUUUUUCAGACAUGCACUGAAAGUGUGAACAAUAUAUAUAUAUAUAUAUAUAUAUAUAUAUAUAUAUAUAUAUAUAUAUAUAUA